CUUGUAUAGCGCCCCCACUUGGUCAGGGCUAUUAAAUGAAAACUUAAUCGAGGCGUGUAGACGGACUUGAGAGAUCAAGGUUCGAGCAAAGCAUCUGGAAACAGCUUGCAGCCUGAAAGCAGCAGAAGUUUCCCGGGCGGCUCGGCUCAGUCUGCAGGGUCUCCAGCUCUCUCGGCCCGCGGAAGGUUCGGAGGUUUCGUGCGUCUGGGCGCGGCUGCACACCAUGGUGAUCCCCACUGCUGGGUUUUGUUCCCAGUUCCUUCAGAGGACCGCUGCUUUGUCCGCUCCUCUCAGGGUUUUCCGAACACCGUGGACACGUCAGCCAGGAUUACCUGCUGCAGCUCGGAGCCUCCAUGUGGAGUUUCCCCCCAUCAUCCCCACUCUCACCACCAGCUACGUUCACGGCACGUCGUCCACGCCGCUGCUCCACGACACAGUGGCAGAGGCCCUGCAGAAGUCUGUGGAGCGCUGGCCCGACAGGGAGGCCAUGGUGUUUCUGCAAGACGGAGUCCGCAAAACCUACGCAGAGUUUCAACAAGAUGUGGACCGGGCUGCUGCAGGACUUCUGGCUCUUGGGCUCAGGAAAGGAGACCGGCUCGGCAUGUGGGGGCCGAACACUUACGAAUGGAUCCUGUCCCAGUUUGCAACCGCUAAAGCUGGGAUUAUUCAGGUGUCUGUAAACCCAGCAUACCAACAGAUGGAAGUGGAGCAUGCCCUACGGAAGGUUGGCUGUCAAGCCAUUGUGUGCCCUACAGAGUUCAGGACUCAGAAAUACAGCGACAUGUUGAAGAAGAUCUGUCCUGAAAUCGAGUCGUCCAGCCCAGGAGACAUCAAGAGCGCCAGACUUCCAGAGCUUCGCUCCGUGAUCCUCCUGGACAGCAGGCAGCCGGGAAUGUUUCACUUUGACGACGUGAUGCAGGCGGGAGACAGCCGCCAUGUGAAGCAGCUGCAGGAUCUGCAGAAGAAGCUCUCUUUUGACGACCCGAUAAACAUCCAGUUCACCUCAGGUACCACAGGAGCUCCGAAAGGUGCCACGCUUUCACAUCACAACAUCGUCAACAAUGCCUACUUUGUUGGGAAAAGAGUCGGGUACACCUGGAAGCCCCACCAUCGUGUCUGCGUGCCCGUGCCUCUGUACCACUGUUUUGGCUCUGUUGGUGGAGGGAUCGCUAUGGCCGUGCACGGCCUCAGCCUGGUGUUUCCCUCUGCAGGGUACAGCGGAAAGGCCAACCUCGAAGCAAUGCAGAGUGAGAGAUGCACAUACGUCUACGGGACACCCACCAUGUAUAUUGACAUGCUUAACCAGCCGGAUUUGGCUAAAUAUGAUUUGUCUUCUGUAGAGGGAGGCCUCGUGGCUGGCGCCCCCUGCCCCCCAGAGCUGGUGAAGAAAGUGGUGCUUCAAAUGGGCAUCAAAGAAAUGACAAUAGGAUACGGCACCACGGAGAACAGCCCAGUGACGUUCCUCGGCUGUCCCCUGGACAACAUGGAGAGGAAGUCUGAGACGGUUGGCUACAUCAUAGACCACACUGAGGCUAAAAUAGUAAACCCUACAACUGGCCAGAUUAUGCCUCUGGGGAUGAAAGGGGAGAUAAUGGUCCGAGGAUUCUGUGUGAUGCUGGAGUACUGGUCCGAACAGGCUAAAACACAGGAGUGCAUUACUAAAGAAGGCUGGUACAGAACUGGAGACAUCGGCAGCUUGGACGCCUACGGCUACUGCAAGAUCGACGGCAGGAUUAAAGACAUGCUCAUCCGAGGAGGAGAGAACAUUUACCCGGCAGAGAUCGAACAGUUUCUCCACACGCAUCCCAAAGUGAAGGAAGCACAGGUGGUUGGAGUCAAAGAUCCUCGAAUGGGUGAAGAGGUCUGUGCCUGCAUCAAACUGGUGGACGGCCAGGAGUGCACAGCAGAGGAGAUCAAAGCGUACUGCAAAGGACAGAUCGCCCACUUCAAGAUUCCUCGCUACGUCCUCUUUAUGACCAGCUUCCCACUCACCAUUACUGGAAAGAUCCAGAAGCAAAAGCUACGUGAGGAGGUCGAGAAGCAGCUGAACUGAAGCAGAGGAAAUGACAGACUUCUGUCGUGAAUGGAGAGAAUUCAAUUACGGUUUCAACUUCAUAAACUGUAUAUGAAUCGUAUAGAAUAAACUACAAUUUGGAUUAAGCCAACCGGCCAUCAGAACAAGAUAAAAUGUCUGGAGAAGCAUCUCCGGCAGAUAGUGUAAUCCGAAAGCGGACCAGUGAUGGGCAGGGAACUUUACUGUGAUUAGUGGGUCGGGAAUGAAUAACUUCAUCCAGGUGCUUUAAGCUCUUACAAGAAAAAGGCAUUAAUCCGUUUUAUAAAACGUUACGACAAGGACACAAUUUACUCUGCAAAGAUGUACAGACUCAGAUCCAGGUUGAAAGCAGCGUAGGAAUCGAGAUGGAACAUAAAAUGUUAUUUAAUUUUCUUUGUGACAAUUUGGCUCUGACCGUCCUGUGAGGCUGAUGUAUGCGGACAACUUGUUGGUCUGCUCAGUUUUUACCCAGCAGCUACAAAACUUACAUUUAUUAUUAUCAUUAUUAUUUUUUUAAUCUCAACUUGAAAUAAACUUUAUUGAAGCCAGA